AGGCAGGCCUUGCAGCGUGCUCACCGAAUUGGUCAAACAAACCAUGUGUUAUCUAUAAAUCUAGUCACAGAGCAGACGGUGGAGGAGGUCAUUAUGCGUAGAGCGCAACGGAAAUUACAGCUUAGCCAGAAUAUUGUAGGAGAUGAUGUCUUGGAUCAGGAAGGGAAAGAGAUGGCAGGUGCUGAAGCUGGUGACUUGCGAUCUGUUAUACUUGGAUUGCAUAUGCUAGAUCCUGCAGAAAUAACCAAUGAGGAAUCAGAUGAAUUUGAUAGGACUGAGUUGACUGCAAUGGCAGAAACGAUUAUUGGAUUUCGCAAUGAAGAACGUUCUGCUAAAGAUGAGUUUGAGGUAAAGCCAGUUGACAGGUUAAGUGAGUUCAAUGUUGUCACAAAAAGGGGUCCAGAAUCUAUUAAGCUUGAUCCUCGUCUUGAUGAAGCUUCAUAUCUCGCAUGGGUUGAGAAAUUCAAGGAAGCAUCACAGGCCAACCAUGGUCCAAUUUUCGAGCUUGGGAGUAGGAGAAGCUUGCCUGAGAAAAAGCAUCUAAAAACUGAAGCAACAAAGAGAAAGGAAGAGGAGGAGAAGUUGUCAAAGUGGGAAGCUCUUGGAUACCACUCGUUAUCUGUCAGAUAUCCUGUAUCAGCUCCGGAUACUGAUAUCUCCUCAGAUUCCGGCGCUGUUCAUUUUGUUUAUGGGGACUGCACUCAUCCUUCUAAAGUGUCUCCAUCAGAGCCGACCAUUAUAUUCAGCUGCGUUGAUACAUCCGGAAGCUGGGGUCAUGGGGGUAUGUUUGAUGCAUUGGCGAGACUAUCAACUAGUGUACCCGCUACAUAUGAGCGAGCUUCUGAAUUUCAUGAUCUUCAUCUAGGUGAUCUCCAUCUUAUAGAGAUUACAGAGGAUCUCACUAGUGGCAGUGAUUCACCUCAUGCUCCUCAAUGGGUAGCUUUGGCUGUUGUGCAGUCCUACAAUCCUAGGCGCAAAGUCCCACGUGGCAGUAUCUCCAUCCCUGAUUUGGAGCAUUGUCUAUCAAAAGCAUCAUAUUCAGCUGCUCAAAAGUCUGCAUCAAUCCACAUGCCAAGAAUUGGUUAUCAGGAUGGUUCUGACAGGUCAGAAUGGUAUACAAUUGAACGUCUGCUGCGGAAGCAUGCUGCUCUCUACGGCAUAAAUAUCUUUGUGUAUUAUUUCCGGCGUUCAGCACAGAGCUAAGAGAUGGACAGUAUCAGUGCUCCAUAUGCAAUGGACACAUCUGGAAAAAAUCCGGUUAGUGUAGAUUAACCUUAUGCCGUAUGAAGUUGGUCAGCCUGUGACAUUCUAGAUGUCAACAGUUAGAAUACCUGUAUCCUUUUAGUCUAGGUGUGAGUUGAGUUAAGCAAUGAUAAUAUGAUGUGGAGAUCUCCUUGAUGGAGGUUUAUGUUUUUCAGACCGUUAACUAUGGUCAAAGCAACUUUCAGGUUGUUAUACAAGCUAAUCAAUAGUUUGGUAUCUGGCAUUUGUUUUGGCAAAACAACCGUAAUAGGUUACUUGUAAAUAUUUUUUUGUUGUAUUUUCAAUGAAAUUAUUAUCUGAA